AUGCAUGGUGGCCUUAAUUACGAUUACCUCUCGCAUGGCGCCCAGCAGGUACCUCGAGCCCUGGCUACGCAAAGCCCUUCAGAAGCGUUCCCUAUGUUUGUUCGCGGUGGGCAGAAUAUGAUGCUCGAGGAUGAUACUGAAUCCACUGGCGGAUUCGCAGAGACAGUUCGUGAGAUUGACGAAGAAUUCUAUCGCACAUUCCCCGCUGCCAUGUUACCCCCGAUUGUGCCACCGUCAGGCGAGUGGGUUUACGACCGUACGACUGGCCAGUAUUUGCACUGCUCGCAAGUCGCAGUGGUAAUCAAGGAUAGCGACUACCCCCCAUGCUUCUCAGAGGAUGACUCCAAUCCCGUCCAUAGUCAUCACGUAGCCACUCCCUCUAAUGAUAGCAGCCUGAUGAAGGCGACGUAUUCUUACGACACCCAGCCCAACAAAAGCGCUCCAGUCCAUGAGUCCAUUUGCGCCUCUCCCGCGGUGGCGGCAGUUCCACCUCACCUGGUCGUUCCAUCGCAGCAACCGACGGUCGACUUCAGUUCCGAGAUCAAACGCCAACAGCAGUGGGGCCAUGGGGCGAACAUGCAUAACCCUUAUCCGCAGCCCGUAGUCAAGGCCGAGCCGUCCUAUGCGAGCCACUCCCUCCUGUCGCAGAUGCCAGAAAUCAUCUCUCCAAACUCUCCCGAUACGCCAAUGACGCCUGUAUAUACUGAGCAAGGGAUAGCUAUGACAGUCUCUGACGGCCAUUGGAAAUAUCACCGGUACGAGACUUGCAUAGACUCGAGUACCCCAUCGGACCAUGGAGAAGCGCACCCCGAGUGGUCGCAAUAUGAACACGGCUCUGCUACGCUGGCCAGUCUAGACCCCACUUCGCCUCCAUUCGAUUCACCGGCAUCGCCUACCACUAGCACAUUCUGUCACCGCUCCCCAGUACGGUCUUCUUCCGCCUAUUCCCGCCAAGCGACUAGUAGUCCCAGUCGCUCUCGGAGAUCGCCAUCCCCACGACUCGAGACAUACCCCGCUUCUUCGUGUUCCCUCGAGCCUGAGAUGUCCCCAGCUCCCUUAAGCCCGCUGUCAGACGAGAAGCCACUUGAGAAGAAACCCCCGUUGGCCUGCCUCUUCUGCCGAGGUAGAAAGAUCGCCUGUGGGCCGCCUUUGCCCGGGAGCAAGGAUCGCACGUGCAAUCAGUGUCAACGUCGCUCGCUGAAAUGCGAAUACCCAUUGGAAAGCCGCCGUGGUAUGAGGAAGAAGAAAGCACCCGUUGCGACAGAAACGCCGAAAGAGGCAGUUCCCGACUCGAAAAGCAACCCUGUCCCAUCCGUACCGGAAGCUCCCGCCCCUGUUGAUCAGAAACCAAUUCUUGUUGGCAUUUCCCACCGACCUUCCGAACCAGACGUUUCGCAACAGAAGCACCCUGGCACUCACUCCAGUCCAAGUGACGCAGUUCCCAUCGAAACAGAGUAG